UUCAUUUAUAAUGAAAGCUGGAAUUCCCAUGAUAUUUACGACAUAUCGGCCAGUUUUCUGGCAUCCUAUUUGUACUUUUACAUCCUAAUUUUAGUAAAUAGAUUUAAUUCACUUUACAGCAGCUGAACUACGUGAUAACAAUUGCUUUUUUUCAUCGAUUGGUCGUCCAACACUCACAUUUUUGAAAUACCACUCACAACUAGUCCUUGGAGGGACUUUCCAGAACGACUACUUUGGGAUUGUCAACAAGCUCCUGGUAUUGGGUCUUAACGUUGUUUUAUAUCAUAUCAUAGUUUGGAUCCACAUCGAAACUGCAAAUAACCUGGCUUUUGGUGCCUAACAAGCAUCACCAUAUUUAAAACCAAACUCAAAAAAAAAAAAAAAAAAAAUUAAUGUGAAAGAACCAUGACACAGACUACUCUAUGUCGCCUCUGUGAAAUAUUAUGAAACUACAGUGAAAUAUUUCGAUCCGAUGCUUCUGAGCCUGGAGCAAGAAAAACAGCCGGUUAUAUGCGAGGUGUGCUGGCAACAUAUUGAUGAUUUCAAUAUCUUUCAGAAGACGGUAAUACUUGCACAAACAAAGUUAAGUGAAUACGCCACAAAAACAGAGGCUAUUGUGAAGACCGAAGAUGAUUCUUGUUUUGAACCACCCGUAUCGGACAUACCGGAUUUUGCAGAACAUAUUGUAGAUCCCGUUAGUGAAUGUAGAACUCUUACCGACGCUAAUAUUAAUGAGGAUGAAAAAGAUUUCAUGGGGUUUUCAGCUGACUUCGAAAUAUUUGAUGGACGUAGCGAUUUGCAGUUUAGUUCAGAGGAUGAAAAACCUUUAUUGGAAUGUUUGAAAACGCGAAACAAAAAAUUUCCCAAGAUGUCUACUCGCAAGAAGAGGGAGAAACCUAAGGGAAACCAAGCUGCCAUUAAAAUUCCCAAAAAAAAAACGUGGCAGGAUACCUUAAGCAGAAUCAUUAAAGAGUACAAAGUCUUCCAAUAAGGAAAGAAAGGAAAAAAUAUCAAAUGAAAGUAUGGAGAGCAUAAACGAUAAUCUCCUCAAAGAUUUGAAGUUGGAGGAUUCAACAUGUUCAAACGAAGAAAUGGAAGAGAGAAAUGGUGAGAAGCUACUCGAUACAAGUUUUGGAAAGAGAACAUCGAAAGAAAUCGAUGAAUUCAUAGUCCAAUGGAAGCAAGACUUAGAUUGCUACCUAUGUAGUGGAACUGCACCAAGUAUGUUGCACUGAGACAACAUUUUCGAAAGGAACACCAUAAUAAAAGAUGCUACGUUCUUUGCUGCCUACGUAAACUCAGUCGUCGACAUCAAUUGGAAGAACACAUUCGAGUGCACGUUGAUCCUGGAGCCUUUAAAUGCCAACUUUGUGGAAAAUGCUGCACCAACAAAAGACAAGGACAGGAACGUUUCUUUGAAUGUCCAAUAUGUCAGAAACGUUUUGCAAAGAAACCUGUAUGGGAGAGGUAUAUGGAAAUUCACGAAACCAAUAAAGAUUACGUUUGCCAAAAAUUGGUUGUUAUUGUGGCCACCAUAUACUUGCAUGGGUUGUCGAGUUGUUGGUGUCCCCUACCGAUCGCUUGAACAACGCAUACAACUGUUGUUGUUGUAGCCACAUCUGCAGGUGGAGGUGUUAAGCUCGUUCCGGACCAUACGACCGAUCGCCGCGGAACAUGUUGCUGUUGUUGCUAUAGCCACAUUUUCAGGUGAAGGUGGCGAUCCUCCCUAAGCUCCUGUAGGUGAGCAAGCUCGUUCCGGUCCAAAGGACCGAUCGCCGCUGGUACAGGGUGGCCAUUGGUUAUUUAAAGGCGACAAUAACCCGCCUUGUCAUAUCGAGUAUUAUAGGCACUCAGUAUUUGUGCAAGAGACGGUGCCGCUCGGCUUCUCACUGUGACUCUCCGCUGAUUGUCCGCGACUGCCGUUGCAGCUACUCCGUAUGGAGCAUUCCACUAUCCGCAAUCUGUGGACGAUUAUAAUUGGUGCCAAA